AUGGUCGGAGCCCCGCCGCCCAAGGAGCACAACACCAGCAAAGUUCCAGCCUGGGAGGAUGCACAGGAGUUGGUUGCACUCGACCGCCUGCGGUUUCAGCAUUUGCACCGAGUGCUCUAUGCCCACAGGCAGCGAGUUGAAAAUGCAAACUCCUAUUAUGACGUCUUCGAGACGGAAAGGCAGACCGGCGUGUUGCUCGCCCGCUCAGAGGCCAUGCGGAUCUCCAGGGCAAGGCGGAAGGAAGAGGAAACCGACAGUCUCAAUCGCGACAAUCAGCGAUUGGUCGAACGGCUGGGCGCUGUGAUGCGUGAGUCCGAGGGCCGACGGCGACAAAUACUGGCGCCCAAGCCGCCGAGCUCUGCCCCAGCAGGUUCCUUGAACUUGACGUUGCGGCGCAAGGCUGCCCGACAAAUUGACAAGGACAACAAAGUCCUGCUAGACAGACUGGUUCGCAUUGGGCCAACAGUCAGCGGGCGUGCCGAACUUGCAUCUCGAUAUGAGGUCUACACAACACUUGUGAACAGGCACUCCAGGCUUCGACGCACAGUCAGCAAGGCAGACGUUUUCAGGACACCGCCGCCGCCCAUCAGGCAGCCUCGCUUUCGAAAGCCAAAGCGAGCUACAGCAGAGGCGCCACUGCUACCCCUUCCAGCCGUCGUCAAAUCCGCCAAGGAGGAGCCAGCUCCUGAUGCACGGCCGGAAACUCCGGAGCCGCUGCACAGCGCGCGGAAGGCGGCGCAGAAAGAAGUGGAACUCGUGGGUCAGCAUGUGUUGAACAGACUUGCUCCCGAAGAUCUGGACGGCCAUGCUGAUGCUUCAGGCACCCAGAAGACCCGCGCAGACACGCUGGGAAGCGGCACAUACUCUGAGUAUGACUUCGACAGCGAGGACGCAGAUGCCCGGAGCGGAACACCGGAGCCAAAGCGAUCUGCCAAGCAGGCGGCCCAGAACGAGCUGGAGCUGGUCGAGAAGAAGGUGCUUCAAAAGAUCCACUCGGAAGGAGCUGUCGGCGAGGUCGUCGCAAGCGGUGCAGCCGCAGCCGGCGCCGCCGUCGCAGAUACAGGCGCAUCAUUCAACGCUGGCGGAACAUACUCAGACUUCGAAGGAAGCGAUGGCGAGGCGCGCGCCGCCGCAGAAUCGCAGGGAGAGGACUCUGAGUAUGAGGAUGAUUGCGAAGCAGAGGAUGCCUACAGUGAUACUUUCGAGGUUGAAGAUGCAGAUGAAGAGGCUGAAGACGCUGAGAGUGAGGCUAACAGCCCCCCUGACAACAUUGCCGGUAACAUCAUCGGCAACAUCGUUGGUAGCGUUUCAGCUGCGGCCGAUCCCCAAGAGACAGGCCCCGCAACAGGCCACGCGAUCAGCGAGCCUUCGGACUCCGCCAGCCGGUACUCAGAGCCGGAAGAGGCUCCGAUUGCCGAGGCCGAGGAGCCCGAGUCCGAAUACUCGGAGAAUCUCGAGGCAGAGGCAGAGGUCUCCGAGUCCGACAGGGACAGGCCCGACAGGCAGGAUGGAGGCGGUCGCUACUACACCCCCAGCGACGCAUCUGAUCCGGAUGCUGGCGUCGAUGUGCGUCAGAGCUCCAUCGCUAGUUAUGAUGACGACGGCAUUCUCGACGAGGACUCAGGUGAGUCCCUGCAUCCACCAGGAAGAUCUGAUUGA